UAUUGGCGAGAAAAAGUUGAGGACUUCCGUCAGAUCAUGCAUACUUUCAACUCGUUCACAGGACAAAGUACAGUUUUUAGAGACUAAUAAUAGAAAGGUAGCGUCUGCAAUCUUUGGAGAACAUAAGGGCCAGAGAAUGGACUUGCCACGUCUUCCACCUCAUGAUGGACCUGUGUUGUCUGUAGUGGACAUGCACACGGGAGGAGAGCCGCUGCGCAUCAUCACGAGUGGAUACCCCAAGGUCGAGGGCGAGACUGUGCUGUCCAAGCGACGCUUCGUGCGAGAACAUCUGGACCACCUGAGAAAGGUGCUGAUGUUCGAGCCCCGUGGUCACUAUGACAUGUACGGUGCCCUGCUGGUUCAAAGCGAGAUCCCCGAAGCAGACCUGGGGGUUCUCUUUAUGCACAACGAAGGGUACAGCACUAUGUGCGGGCACGCAGUCAUUGCGCUCGGCCGGUUCGCGGUGGAUUACGCCCUCGUGAAAACACGCAGUGCUCCGGAAACCCAGGUGAACAUCCACUGUCCGUGCGGCCUGGUCAAGGCCUUCGUGGAGUAUUCUGAUGGCAAGACCGGAGCAGUGAGGUUUCACAGCGUCCCAGCUUUUGCUUUUGCAACGGAUGUGAAAGUCACUGUACCUGGACACGGUGAAGUUACAAUGGACAUAAGCUACGGAGGGGCUUUUUAUGCUUUCGUCAGCGCUGAAAGGUUUGGACUUGAUGUCAGCACGUCAAGGACAAGAGACCUAGUGGAUGCAGCCACUGCAGUGACCAAUGCUGUCAAGUCUCAGGUGAAACUAAGGCAUCCUGUGCAUGAGGAUCUGUCCUUCCUGUAUGGAACCAUCCUCACCGAUGGCAAAGACCGCUUCUGUGAUGAGCCAACAGCAAACAUGUGUGUGUUCGCUGAUGCACAGGUUGACCGGAGUCCCACAGGGUCUGGAGUGACGGCCCGUAUUGCUCUUCAGUUCCACAAAGGCUUGAUCCAGCUCAACCAGAGCAGGACCUUCAAGAGUGGAGCGACAGGAUCCAUCUUCACUGGCAAAGCUGUUCAGGAAACCACAUGUGGGGACUUCAAGGCCGUGGUGGUUGAGGUCGGAGGUCGCGCACACUACAGUGGCGUGGCAAGCUUCGUGCAGGAGAGCGACGAUGACCUAAGCCAAGGAUUCCUUCUCAGAUGAGCCGCCGCUUCAGACGCAGUCACACAGCGAAAUCGGUGGAUUGGAUCAUGGAGCACGAUGGAGCGGUGACAAUUCAUAUCAAAUCAAUCAUUAGUCAGUUACAGAGUCUUUGGCAAUUUCAUCGGAAAGUCUGCUCUGACAAAGAGAACAGGACAUAAAAAUCUACAAAAUUCACCAAACUAAUCCAGAUUGAUGGCACACUUCACAACAAUGUUCUGCUGUCUGGAAUGAAGAAGUUGUAAAUUACAUUUCUGGGUGGGAUGUUUUCUUUCGUGUGCCUCCAGAAUGGAUCUAGCCCAGAUCUGAUACUAAUGGCAGAUAUGAUCCAGACCAGACUUGUGUUGAACAUGGCAAACGCUUGUGAAUGUUUUCAAACAGUUUUUCAUCUGCAUGAUAAGUCAUUUCAAGGGUUUGUGGAAACAGUGAACUAUGGGUCGCUGUUUAAAUAAAACAAUUCGAUUUUUUUACACAGCAUAUACCACUUUAAAUGUGUUUACCAAAUUUGAACACACCUCAGGGCUGCCUCUGUUCCGGUGUUGGUACUCAGUAAGACUAAUCUGUUGACGUGAUAGUUCCAGACACAGGACCUAUGGAUCUAAUAAAAUUGUACAUUUGCAUAAUACAGUAUGUGCUUGUAGGUGAAAUGUCAUACCUGCUUUGUAAUAACGAGCAUUGGCUGAAUCCCAAUUUCAUCCUCAAGGUCUGAGCCCUGAAGCCUUAAAUGACAUCCGUUAAUAAGUGAUCAAGUUUGCGAGGCUGUUAAAGUUCAAAAUGCUAUUAACAGGAAUGGGACAGCACCUGUGACUGAUAAUUAAAUUGACAACACCACAAAGUGUUGCAAAUGUU